UCCCGUUCUUGCACCGACUUGGACUCCAUGUUGUUCCAACAGCCACGGAGCGAACAAGUGCCCUGGCCGAAAACUCUCACGUUGCAACUUUGUGUGUGCGAGAGAAGUAAAGUGUGUGUGUGUGUGUUGACCCUCCUGAAAGAAGAUGGCAGACUACCGGGAAGACACCGGAGCUCGAGCCCUGCUUGCUUUACAGUCGGCACCAUGCAGUCCCGUGCGCGUCGCGGUGACCUCGCACUCCUAUCACCAGCCCUCGCUCUCCCUUUUGGGUCCUCCGAUGAUGGAAGCCCGCGCCGACGCCGAGAUGUUCCCCGUGCGCCUCGCUUGUCCUCCUCUGCAGGCCCUGGCCAGACUCGAGGGCCGGGACUUUGAGUUUGUGAUGCGCCAGAGGACGGUCACCAUAGGCCGGAACUCGUCUCAUGGCUCCGUGGACAUCAACAUGGGUCACUCGAGCUUCAUUUCCAGGCGACACCUGCAGAUCACAUACGACGAGACGAACGGUUUCUCCCUCCGGUGCUUGGGCAAGAAUGGCGUGUUCGUUGACGGGGUGUUCCAGCGGAGAGGGGCGCCGCCGUUGUCGUUACCCAGAGAGUGUGUGUUUCGUUUUCCCAGUACAGUCAUCAAGAUCCAGUUCAUGUCACUCCUGCAGCCGGAGGAGCACAGAGAAAGGGAUCAGGUCUCUCUUCCCCCCCGCCAGCUCCUGCCCCACAUUUCCCCCCUCAAAAUCAGCAUUCCCACAAUGCAGCAGCAUGAAGAGCACAUCAGGGCUUUUGGGUCGCCGCUGCCCUCGCCCACAGGCACCAUCAGUGUUCCUAACUCCUGUCCGGUUAGUCCACGAGGGGCUGGGUCAUCAGGGUAUCGCUCAUAUGGACGCAACGUGACCUCCGACCUCCAGUUAGCAGCUGAAUACGCUGCCAAGGCUGUUUCUGAGCAGAGGCGAAGCAUUGUCGAGCAGAGAGGUGGGGGAAGUGAGCAGCGGGGGGAGUCGGCCGGUGGAGACAGCCCCAAGGACGAGUCCAAGCCACCUUAUUCCUACGCACAGCUGAUCGUCCAGGCCAUCUCUUCUGCCCCGGACAAACAGCUGACUCUCAGUGGCAUCUACGCCCAUAUCACCAAACACUACCCCUACUACCGCACUGCAGACAAGGGCUGGCAGAACUCAAUAAGACACAACCUGUCUCUCAACCGCUACUUUCUCAAAGUGGCCCGUUCUCAGGAUGAGCCCGGGAAGGGGAGUUUUUGGCGGGUAGAUUCUGCUUCUGAGAGCAAGUUAGUGGAGCAAGCCUUCAGGAAAAGACGGCAAAGAGGGGUGGCUUGCUUUAGGACGCCGUUCGGACCGCUCUCUUCGAGAACAAAGAGUGCUCCUGCAUCCCCAACCCACCAGGGACUUCUUUCUCCUCCAUCUAGCGGACUGCAGACUCCUGAAUGUAUGAGUAGAGAGGGCUCUCCUAUCUCCCACGAACACCACGAACUGCUGGCUAACAAACUGGCAUCUGUACCUGAGUAUAGGUAUUCUCAGAGUGCCCCAGGAUCUCCAGUCAGUGGUCAGCAUGUCAUCAUGGCUGCACCCGCUCACCUGACAGGCCAGGGGAAAGCCCUCGCUUUCGUUCCAGGUGGUGGCGGCGGCCAAAUCCAGCCCCUCCACAUCCUCCAGAACCCCACUCAGUCCUCUAUCACCAUGGUGCGGGUGGUCACCAGCGCCCCUCCAUCUUCCAACCCUCCUAAUGGGUACAGCGCCCCCUCUGUUGGAGGAGCAGAGGGCAACACUGAGCUCAGAGAAGCCCAGCUGACCAGAGAGCGAGUGAUCCAGACCGUGGACAGUGUAGUGCAGGGUGGGGAUGGGCGAAACCUGGUCCUCGGUUUACAUCAGCUUCCUGUUCGUCCUGUUACUCAGAAUGGCAAACACACCGCUGUUGCCACAGCAACCAGUCUUGGCAAUGCAUCUGGCCUGAGCAGUCCUCUCCAGAUCCUGGCUGCCCAGGCCUCCAGCUCCCCUCCAGUGCUGGUGAGUAGACAGCCCAGUGCAGAAACUUUAGCUGAGCCCCAGGCCAAGCGGCCGAAGAUGGAGGACGAGGGCGGGACCGAACCUGUUCAGCAUCAAGUCACGCCUGCUCAGCAGCCCGUCAUCGUGACCAUGACGUCACAAACCCACGACCCUAGGAAGUAAAAGCCCGGGGCCUCUAACCAGGUACCCAACGGACAGCCUCCUGAUGGUCCCCUAACUGCUUUGCCUUUUAUACUCAUUUGAUAAGACUGCAGCCGCCACGGCCCAAAAAAAUGUACAGGCAGCCUCUCUCGACAGAAGGGAAUUCAAUUCUAAGGAACAUAUUUUUUUGGUCAAAUAGAUUAAAAAACUUUCAAUUACAUUCUGAAUUUAAAAAGCAAGUAAAUCUUUCAGGACUUUUUCAGCUUUACAGUCUUUUUUAAUGUAAUCCAUCGCUCACUGACGACACAAGUAAGGAUAUUAAGCUUAUAAGAGCAUUAUGCAUUUUACAAUCAUUUCAGCACUACUUUUAAUAUCUCAGAUACAACCUUUCCUCUAGUCGACGGAGGAGAUGCAUCACUUACUGUCACUCUCAGGCCAAAGAACUCCUGCACUUCUGAUUAGUCAUUGCCUGAUUUAAAAACCAGGGAAUGUGUGUUCAGAGAUUUGAAAUGGCCGGCAUUUAUAGAAGAAACUGUGACGAUCGGAGUCGAUAUAUUGUGUAUCUUCACACAAUAGUGGACAGGGAGGACUUAGCUGCGUAUACCCAGACCACUAAUAGGGCUUGGGAGACUGUUAAGAAUAUGAUUGUACUCUUCAUAAGGCGAUUCUUACUGAAAAAGAUCCUCUUAAUAAAAGAAAAUAUAUUAAUAAGGCCCAGAAUGUGAGGUGUCUAUCCUUCUUUGCCUUCUCUGUACAGCACAAACAAAGGAAUGGGUUUUGUUUUUCGGGAGGAAAACCAGGAAUAACAAACAAGGACUUUGCAGUUUUUGUUCAUCGGUGUGAAUGUCCUCGGAUUCAAGAGGAUCCGGGUGAUCGGACAGCAGAGAAGGGCAACAAAAAAAAAAAAGAGGCAACUAUUUGGAGUUGAUUGAAGUGGAGCUAACCUAAUGUAGACAAACUUUUAAUUUUUUUCUCGUUUCAGUAGUGGUAAAAGGAGAAAUGGAACAGCCUGUGCGUACAGUUUUGUUUGUGUUGACACAGGAAAGCAUUAUUGUAAUAAUCCUUAAAGCCUUAAAUAUUUCUACUUUUUGUCUUUCAUUUUAACCUUUAGAAAGCUUUACCUUUUUUUUAGAUCGUUAACACAGCGCUUCAUUAACAGAACGUUUUCGGCAACACUACAACGGUGACAGUUUUGUUGCAUCAGUUUUAUGAGGGGAAGGGGCGGGACCAACCCAUGACCAGAUUUCAACAGCUCUAGUCUUGUUUUCGUUCUCUGUACGGUACUUCUCACAUGUUUUCUACUCGACUCUUUUGCUUUCAAUUCCCCUGAAAUACACGAACCUUUCUCCCAAUCUACCUCUCCUCAGUGAGCAAUUUCUGUCUUUGCAGUCUCUACAGAGGCAUCAAGCUUUUAGCAAUUCCUGUCAGACAUUGCCCUCAGACAUUUUUCAGCACUUUCUCUCCUCCCCCCACACUCUAAUCUCUCAUUCUCACUCUGCCUUUAGCUUUUCUGAAUGUCCUCGCUCAGGCCUCAUUUUUAGCAAAAAAAGAUGCGUAAUGAUUGUAUGCUGCUCUAUCUGCUAAAUGACAAAGCUAUUUAGAAGGUAUUUUUUCGGAUUUUGGACAAAGGAAAAAAUAUUUUGCUAUAUGUAAAAACAGCUACCGUCAAUACGUAAACAUUCUGGAAAUAGAGAAGUAUAUGUAUUUUUAAAUGUUCCUGUUUUUGUUCAAAUGUGUAGCACAAAUUAAAAUUCCUCAUUGACUUAA